AUGAACUAAAGAGAAAUAAAUAUCAUCGAAGAAUGCAAGAAAUUUGUUGCUGAGAAAUUAAAAGAUGCUGAAAAGGGUCAUGGUUACGAUCACAUUUAAAGAGUUCAUAAUUUAGCAAUAGAAAUAAGCAAAGCUGAAAAAACUCCUAAUAACCAAUUUAUUGUUGAAUUAGGUGCUCUUCUUCAUGAUAUUGCUGAUUGGAAAUUUACUGGAGGUGAUGAAGAAGUUGCUCCUCGUCUUGCAUCUGAAUGGUUAAAACAAUAAGGAGCUACUGAUGAAGAAAUUGAUGCAGUAGUUCAUAUUAUUAGAAAUAUAUCCUAUAAGGGAGCUAAGGUUGAAAAUAAAUUAAAGACUAUUGAAGGAUUUAUUGUCUAAGAUGCUGAUAGAUUAGAUGCUCUUGGUGCUAUUGGUAUUGCAAGAUGUUUUGCUUAUGGAGGUUAUAAAAAUAGAGCCCUUUAUGAUCCUGAAAUUCCCCCUGUCUUGCAUGAAACUGCUGAAUAAUACAAAAAUAACAAUUCCCCAAGUUUAAAUCAUUUCUAUGAAAAGUUAUUCCUCUUAAAAGAUAAAAUGAACACAGAAGCUGGCAAAAAUUUUGCUUAAAAGCGUCAUGAUUUUAUGUAAUAAUUUGUUGACACAUUCUUAAGUGAAUGGAGUGGAAAACCUUGA